AUGGAGGUUGCGAAAGCGCUGGUCACCGUGCUGUUCGUCGGCUUGCUGAAUACCGAGGCUCAAGACGUGGAGAGGACUACCGCAGAGGGAAGAGUUCUCGGGCGAGUGGUGUACACACUUGGCAAAGCCGUCGAGGAGUACCGGGGCAUACCGUUCGCUGAACCACCGGUUGGCCACCUCAGGUUCAGACCUCCAAAGCCGAAGGCAGCUUGGGAAGGAACCCUAAACGCAACUGGAAGGUCUACAGCGUGUCAUCAGGUGACAGUACCGGGGAUCACACUAGAUGGUGCUACAAUUACAGAGGACUGCCUGCACCUCAACAUCUGGGUUCCCAAAAGCGCGAUUGAUGCUAUCUCUAGGCGACCUGUUCUAGUGUGGAUACAUGGAGGAGGCCUCACAUUUGGCACUGCUAACGAGAGAAUAUACAAUGGAUCUGCGCUUUCAGCCCUUGGAGAUGUGCUUGUGGUCGCAAUGAACUAUCGACUUGGCAUCCUUGGCUUCAUGAAUGCCAACACUCCCGAGGCGCCGGGUAACGUUGGUUUCUUGGAUCAGAAUAUGGCACUGAGAUGGGUGCAUCGAAAUAUCGAAUAUUUUGGCGGAGACAGAGAACGAGUUACAUUAUUUGGGGAGAGCGCAGGCUCAAUUAGCACGCAUGCCCAUAUCCUGUCCCCUGUGAGUAAAGGUCUUUUCAAGAGGGCCGUGCUGAUGAGCGGAAUUAUGUACAGCAUCGACAAUUGGGAGACAGUCGAAGAGAGCAUGGCUAAAGCAGACAAAGUAGCUUUUGCAGUUGGCUGCUCUCGUCAAGGUAGCAUGAGUCUAUCGUCCAACCCGGAAGAGAUUGUUGACUGCAUGCGACGCAUACCAGCAGCCCAACUCUUCAAUGCUUCAGUGGAUGUCGCGGCGCCGAAAUUCGCUCCAUUCAGCGCCACCUAUCAUAACGAGUUCUUUCCCCGAAAUCCACUGGUGGCAGUCAAGCGUGGUUUCUUUCCAGAAGUCGAUGUAAUAGUGGGAGUAACUUCCGACGAGGCGGCUGGCCUCCUUCUUCUUCCUCCAGUAAAAGAACUCUUGGUGGAAGACCUCAACGCCUCUUCAACCAAAGAGAUCACCGAUUCCCUUCGUGCUGCAAUGUGGAAAUUUCUGAAAGGUGACCUGCCAUAUGUGCUGCAAAAUUACGAAGACGAUGUGACUGAGGGUGAUCGAAACUCUCUACGGCGGCAGCACAUUGAUUAUGUAUCCGACCGACUGUUCAACUGCCCCGUCCAGUUUUUUUCGGAGCAACACAGCAAAAAGGGAAACAAGGUGUUCGUCUACGUGUUCAACCAGAAAUGGUCUAAAUUCUCUUUCCCUGGAUGGAUGAGAGUGCCUCACGCCUUCGACCUUCCGUUCGUAUUCGGUCAACCUUACGCCGAGGAUCCCAGUUCCGUGGAUGGCCGCAUGAGCGAGGCCAUUAUUAGGAUGCUCAGAAGCUUCAGUGAAAAUGGCAUUCCUGAGCUUCCCAACUCUCAGACAUGGUAACCGUACACUAAUGCCUCGCGGACGACGAUGCUUAUGGACCAUGGAAACUUCAGCGUGAUGCAUGGAUUCCGUGCUACGUUCUGCGAACGCUGGAGAUCAUUGUAUUAGGCUCAGCGUACAUCGGCUCAUAUGUGUGCAAGUCGCAG